GUCAAACAUGGCGUAUGAUGCGAUCGACCAGCCAUGAUUUCGCCGGCGCUUCGGUUUUGUGAGCCCUUGUAGUGGGCAAGAGCGAGCCAGUGAUAGCGGCAUGGAAGUUCGGAAAGCCACGUGUUAGGCAACGUGCAGCAUGCCUCACCAUCAUGGCGGGGAGGAAUUUGCUCUAUUCAUUGGCGGACUGAGGUGUGACAGGAAAAUCAGCUUUCUCAAACGAAAGUUGAUUGAGCUGUUUAACAUGGGCCUGGGGAUCAGCCUAGUCUCCUCUCAUGUCAACAUCAUCGCCCCACCGGGAAAGCGUUUUGCUUUUGUCUAUCUGGUCUCUGCCGAGGAAAUGGACAUGGCCCUGGAGUGCCUUGGUAGUCCAGAGAAUCGUGCCAAGCUGGAGUUUGACUUUGACGAGAUACAGAAUCAGUCACACGGUCUGUCAGUCCAAAUCAAGUUGAGUAGGAACGAGAUGCUCCUGUCAGAAGCCACCCACCCGUCUGUGAAGCUGAGCCAGGAUAUCCGAGACUACAAGGCUUUACGGCCUUUACAGCUGGAACCUUUGAAGCGGCCUUUUGGGAACCAUCUUGCAAAUCAUUCCGUGGAGGAUUCUACAGAGACAAAGGAGAACAAGGACCUGGGCACUCAAACCUCCGUCGUGCUGAGCACUCAUGCUGUUAUGGAGGUUGACGUGGACUCUUCACCCCACGAUCAGACGGGAUUCAGACAUGCUAACACCUCCACCACAGGUCUUUUCCGGAAACAGAAGGCCAAACGGAAGAUUUUCGGAAAUGCUGGGACCUCAACAACAGGUCUGAUCGCCCCAGGAUCAAGUAACCACUCCCUGCCAGAUAAAUACCUGAUCAUGGGCCAGUACCUGGGCAACGAGACGAGAAAUGUGGAAUUCAAGAGGGGCGGGGGUCAGUACAUGAAGAAACAGUUGAAGGAUCAUGUGGCCAAGUACGUGUGCUGUUUCCUCAAUGCCGGAGAGGGAGGGUCUCUGUUUAUAGGCGUCGAUGACAAUGGGGCGGUGCAGGGCGUGGAAUGUAACUUCCGACAGGAAAAUGACCUAAGACUUUUGAUUGACAGCAUCAUUAAGGGGAUGGUGCCUCAGGUAUUUCCCCAGCAGUACACCGUCAGCUUUGUGCCGGUCUUGGAACUACAGCAGGAGCACCUGACACCUAUAGCAAAUGUCCAGGUGAUUGAGAUCCAUGUGGAGGCUGUGGGUAAGCCAGAUCGUCUGUACGAGACACAGCGUGGGGAAGUCUACAUCCGGCGUGACGGGUCCGUGCAGGGCCCACUGCGAGCAAGCGAUAUCCAGGAGUGGACCAGAAUGGUGCACCGCCAGGAGGAGAAGGGUCGGCGUGGAGAACUGCACCGCCUUCAGGAGGAGAUAGACAGCUAUCGCCAGAGGGAGGCAGAGCUUAGAGAUGAACAGGACAGACUGCUUCAGCAAGUACAGCACCUUCAGAAUCGGCGUCUUCACAAAUCCAGGGCCUGCUCCAUUUUGUGACACGACGAAGAAGAUGGGGUGGCAUCUUAAGUUGUCCUGCGUAAUUUCACACCGUUACAUCUAGUGCUGGUCAUGUUUGUUAACACAUUGUCCUGUAUUGUGAAUGUGACAAAGAAAUGCUAUAUGUAGCUAUCCAUAUUUUAUUUAUAAAACUAACUUUGAAGGUUUUUAUUUGUGUAAAUGUAAUAGUACUUGUGUCAUAAGAAUGUGCAGCUUUCUUAUGUACAAGUAAAUUAGGGAAAUUUUACACCCCUACAAACUCUUUCUGAUUUUGUCUUAUAUGUAAAACUUUUUUUAUAAUGGCAAAAUGUGUGGACCAAGUCCAGGUAAAUGCAGGUAAAUUUUAUACUUGUUUAAAUAUUCUUAACUUUUAUAAAGGAAAUACAAUCUAAA